ACUUCUCUCUACACCUCCCAGAAUCAUUUCCUCCUCCUUCUCUCUUCAUUCUUCACUUCCAAAUCAUCAACCCAUCUUCAACCACAACUAAUCACUUUCUCAUUCAAGAUUAAGUCAAGAUUAGCAGCAAGCUCCAAGGAUUAUCAUCUAUCACAAGUUUGAUUUUCCUUAUCUCUUUAAAUCUUGUACUUUAAUCAUGAAUUCAUCUAUUUCUAAGCUUCCAAACAUGUAUAGCUAAAUAAAUUUGGGGCUAGAAAUUGGUUAAUUAAUUGUUCUUAUCAUGUUUUAAUUUGUAUUGAUUUUAAUUGUUAAGUUUGUUCUAUUUAGAUUGUUGUGUCCAGAAAAUUAAUUAAGUUAUGUUUGUGAUAUAUAUUAUGAGUACUCAAUCAUAAACAUAUUGUUUGUUAAAUACACAAAUGAACACUUUCUGAACACACCGCUAAACUUCUUUUACCUUGUCCCGGAUUGAAGUUUUACGGGGGAAUUUAAUUAUUUAAUUAUAUUAUUUACACCACGGGGUUGGGUAAAUAAUAUAGUUAAUAAUUAAGGUUGUCGUUGCACUUAAACAACUAGUCUCAUUUUGGCCAUCACUGGGAAAUGUUGACUAGUUACUUAUUUUAGAUGACUUGUGUUGGGUCCUAAAAUAUUUAUCUACAACUUCUCACAAUCUAUUUAAGAAUAAAAUUAGCAAUUAUGUCUCUCAAUUAAACAUUGAACAAUUAGUUACCAAUUUCUACCCCUACUUGCUAUUUGUUGAACUUUGUGUUGAUAAAAAUCUCUCAUCUCAAUCACUUUUAUUUUAUUACUUUUUCAAGUAAACCAAAAAUCAAAAGAACGCAUUCCCAACUUUAAUCUUUAGUUUGUGAUUAAUUAUUUUAUUUCCCGCUUCUCUGUGGUUCGACACCCUACUUCCUUGGGUAAAAAAAAUAGUUGUGUGCCCAUUAUAUGCUACACACCAACUUGGCGCCGUUGCCGGGGAGGCGGUUUUGAAAAAAAAAAGCAUGAACUUUUGGUUUUAGUUAUUGUAAAUUGUGUGUAUAUUAUUUUCUUGUUAUCUUGUUUACUUUUGCCGGUUAAAAAAAAAUACAAAAAAAAAAAUACGAGUGAUUAAUUAAAGUUCAAAAAAAUAAAAAAUUGAACUGUGAUUAAUUACCUUACCUGAGCAUUGGAGUUGGACUUGUUGACUGAACAUAUAUCUGGACAUUUGGAGCAUUGGACAUAUUGUCACAUUUUAAUUCAAAGGAUACUCCGCCUAUAUGGUCGGACCGCUAAUUUGUACAUAUUAAUUCAACGGAAAAUCCGCCUAUAUGGUCGGACCGUUUAGUUGUACAUAAUAAUUUAAAGGAUACUCCGCCUACAUGGUCGGACUAACUCUUUAAUUUCUGCACUUUAAUUAUUGCACUUUAAUUUUUGCACUUUAAUUACCACACUUUAAUUUCAGCAAUUUAAUUUCUGCAUUUUUUUUGCAUCCCCAAGCUUGUCGGCCGUGUCCGCUUGUUGGUGGCGUGCACUUUUUAUUUAUAUUUUUUUCUUAAUAAUCUCCAGACUGUCGGCACAGCUACAUCUUGGUGGAGACUGUAUUUAUUAUUGUAGAUUUUUUUCUCUUCUUCUUAAAUCAUCAUAUCUGUCGGCCCUGCCGCAUCCUGGUGAAUUACUGUAUAUAUUAAUAUUGCUUUAAGGGCUCACUAGUCUCGGUUUAUACCAAUUGACUACGUGCGAACCUUAAUUAAUUAAUUCCGCAAUUUUUCUUUUCUUUUCAUCUCUCUCUCUCUCUUUCCCCAAUCCCAAUCCCUUCUGCUUAUGCUUACACGUUCACGUGGUGCUAAUUGUGAAUUGUUAUUCUUCUCUGACAUUGAAAAGCACAUACGUGAACAGAAAAAGAUAAAAAAAAUGUCAAACGAUAUUGUUGUAAAUGAGCAGGAACCAAAUCAACAAAUCGUGGAUCAGGCUACGAGGACCAGGAAACCAUUAUAUGAUUAUGUUACGCCUCCUGUAAAUGAGCAUGACAGUGUUAUUCCACCGGAGGUUAACAUGAAUCAAUUUGAAAUCAAAACUGCUAUCAUCCAAAUGGUUUCAAAUGAUCGAUUUGGCGGAGCGCCAACGGAGGAUCCAAAUAAUCACAUCACAAAGUUCCUUCGAGCUUGCAACACCUUCAAAAUCAAUGGUGUGCCAUCUGAUGCUGUCAGACUACGCCUAUUCCCAUUCUCUCUACGGGAUCGAGCUCAGAGUUGGCUUGACUCUUUUCCGGACAAUCACUUCUCCACUUGGGAUCAACUUCAUGGUGAAUUUCUCAAAAGAUUUUUCCCGCCAUCUAAAACGGCGAAAAUCCGGAGAAUGAUUCAAAAUUUCAAACAAAAUCCCAAUGAGCCCCUCUAUGAGGCUUGGGAAAGAUUCAAAGAUCUUCAGCGACAAUGUCCACAUCACAACAUCCAAAACUGGCACUUGAUGACGGCUUUCUAUGAAGGCCUAAGUGAAAAUUCUCGGAUACUUGUGGACGCGUCCGCAAAUGGAUCAUUCAUGUGCCUAGAACUUGAAGAGGCAGAAGAAUUCAUGGAACGCAUUUCAUCAAAUGGAUCAACAUGGUAUUCUGAGCGAUCAUCUGCUCCACCAAAAGUUGGAGACAUGUACGAAGUUGAUCAAAUGUUGGCCAUAACCACAAAGGUCGAUAACAUUAUGACUCUGAUCCAAAAGAUGGCACAAGUCUCUCUUGUGCAAAACUCUGCAUCAACUCCAACUCUUGUUCCCGUUCUUAUGUGUGAAUCUUGCGGUGGACAACACAAUCAGUCCACUUGUCCAUGGGGAUCAAUGGAACAAGUUGACUAUGUCAACUACAAUACGCAGCCCCAACAAAAUCAGUUUGGUAAUUUCAAUCCUCAAGGAAGAAAUCAUCCCGGUUUUUCCUGGAGGCCUGGAGCAAUCAAAAUGGAGCUGCUAAUCCACAACAAACUUACCGAAGUGCACCACCCGGUUUCCAAAAUCAACAACAACAAUUCAGAGGUGGACAAGGUGUUGUGAACCAGCAACAAUACAAACCUACCCAAAAUCUUCCAUACCAUUCAAAUCAACAACAAAAACCACUUCUACCCACUCCUGAAACAGCCCAAACUCCUGUCCUAGAAAACAUUGUUGACCAACUUCUCAAGUCCCAAUUAUCUCAAGCCGAAACCCUGAAACAAAUCACCGAAGAACUUGGUCAACUUCGGGCUCACAAUAGGAUGCUUGAGAAUCAAAUUGCAAAUCAAGCAUCUACAUCAUCAACUAAGGUGACGGGUAAGCUACCUGCUUGUCCUGAAAACCCGAGGGAGCAAAUGAAUGCCGUCACUACUCGGAGUGGGAAACAACAUCAAUCCUUGCCCCUUUCUAGUGAUGAACAAGAACAUGAAGUGUUGGAGGAAGGGAUCGUGCAACAACAGAAAGGUGGAAACAACAACAAUGAACUUGAUGUCGGUACCAUGCCGAAAUCAUCUGAUGACCGUGAAGGGUCUAAGAAACAAAGAGAAAGUCCGGUAAGGAAAUACAUUCCCCCAGUUCCUUAUCCGAACAGAUUGAAGAAAGCUAAUAUGGAGGAGCGGAGAACUAAAUUUUUGAAUGUUAUCAAGCAAUUGGAUAUCUCAAUUCCUUUGCUUGAUGCCAUUACAGAAAUUCCUUCAUAUGCUAAAUUUCUCAAAGAUAUUCUCACAAAGAAGAAGGAGAAUCCAGCUACUGUUGCAAUGAGUCAAGAAUGCAGUGCCAUCAUCCAAAAUAAAAUCACACCCAAGUUACGUGAUCCUGGAAGCUUCUCAAUUCCAUGUACCAUUGGUGGAUCCAAAGUUAACAAAGCUCUUUGUGAUCUUGGUGCAAGUGUUAGCUUAAUUCCUUAUUCACUAUGUCAAAAGCUACACUUGGGGGAUCCCAAACCAACAACAAUGGCAUUACAAUUGGCUGAUCGAUCUGUCAAAUAUCCUAUCGGUAUUCUUGAAGAUGUUCCUAUCAAAAUUGACAAGUAUUAUAUCCCAGGAGACUUUGUUGUCUUGGAUAUGGAAGAAGAUGCCCGAGUUCCUGUUAUUCUCGGGAGACCUUUUCUAGCUACAGCAGGAACUAUUAUCAAUGUCAAAAAGGGUACCCUUAUCCUUGAGAUUGGGGAUGAUAAGAUCGAAUUCAAUGUACAAGAGUUGAGUAAGGAUACACCUUGUGUCCUUGAUGGUUACUAUGCCGAUGUUAUAGACUCUUGUACUACUAAUACAUUUGAUGAGUCGUAUCGGCUUUCUAAAGAUCCCAUGGAGUACACCAUACAAGAAUCUAUUGCAGAUGAGCAAGCCAAUGAAAUGGUGAAUUUAUGUCUCGAAAUGUUGCAAAGCAUAUUUUUACCAAUGCCUAAAGCACUUAAAUUUGAAGUGCUUAACCUUGAAGAUCAAUCCUUGAAUAUCAAAGGAAAAGCACCCAAAGUGAGAGACAAGAGGCAACUUCUGUGUAUUGCCUCAUUGAUCCAGAAUAUGAAUGAAAGGCAUGGGUCAAGCUAAUGACCUUAAACGAGCGCUUCUUGGGAGGCAACCCAAGUUUGUAAAUUUCUCACAAAAAAAAAGUCAAAAAAAAAGAGAAAGACAAAAAAAAGAUUAGUCUAGGUUUUCUUUAUUUCUUUGGACUCUAAAGGGGCCACAUCCGCUCAAGGGGAUCUCCAAACGUCAUGCGGAUAAACAAUUCCAGAUUCGGUCGCGCUUCAGGGAAGUUUUCUUUACACUCCUUUAAUUUCUUUUCCACUGAGGACAGUGCAAAUUUUAAGUGUGGGGGAGUGGGUAGUUCGACCCUGAUUUCUUGUGUGAAUAUUUUUUUCCUUGUGUGUUUGUGUGAUUUUGUUUUAUUUAUUUUGUGUGUUUUGUUUGUGAAUAAAGACCAGUCUUGUCCAAAAUGCAACAAUAGACUAGCAACACACUAGUUUACACUUUUUGUUACUAGUUACCUCCUUAACUUUUUAAAUUAUUCAUUCACCUCUUUUGAUGAAAUGUGGUUUGAGUUUGAGAAGUGUCACUGUAAUUUUUUGAGAGUAACUUAGUAUGAGCUUUGAGCUUGAUUCUUUCUAACAAUUUAACAUUUAACACCUUAGAUUUUAUUUUUCCAAUUUAUUGGUUUAAUAGUUGAAUUAGUGAAAGUUUAUGCAGUUUAAGAUGUUUAUACAUUUAUUCUCCUUGAAAAUUUUAUUUGAACUUGACAGAGUAGAAAUGAUUUAGGCCAUCUUUGUUUACCCAUGAAGCCAAAUACUAUCCCUUUGUAAAUAAAUAACACUUUCCCUAGUAACCCUGUUUUAGCCUUUUCAGUGUACAAGUGUAAAAUAACUUACUUCACUUGUUACUAAUUUUUCUUGUGACCUUGUAAAUACAUAACCUUGUGAAAUCCUACCCAAGUCAUUUUUGUUUGAACCCUAGAGUAGUUUGUAUUGUUACUUGAGAGUGGAUAAAAUGGAGCUUCCGUUAAGUGUCAUAUUAGUGAAGUACAUAUUUGUUUGUAAAUUUUGGGGUUAGUUUUUCAUUGUAAUAUUUAGUGUGUGCCUUCUUUGAAAAAAAAAAGUUCGAAAAAAAAAAGAAAAAAAAAACAAAAAAAAAAAAAAGAAAAAAAGAAAAUAAAAGUAAAUAAAAAAACAAAAACAAAGAGGCACAUUUUCUUGUUGUUCUUCUGUAAAACCCCAUUUUUUUCCUUUUCAUGUUCAUAUUUUUCAUUGCUUUGUAUGCUCCAAGUGCUUGUAAAUUCGUGUGAUUAUCCGCUCAGUAUAAGUGCAAUCUAACUCUCUUUGUAAAUUCUCAUAACAAACCUUUCUUCCAACUAGCCACACUCAUUAACCUCGCCACAACCCGAAUAAAAGUCCUAAUUGAUCUAUUUGUGUUCGUUUUCGAAUUAAACUAAUAGGAGAAACUUGUUCUGCAUAACCCGAACUAAUUCAGAUCUAUAGGUAUUUGUGUUAAAAGUUUGAUUUGAAAAUCUUAGUGAUAGGCAAUAAUACUCGGUUUACUCUCAUUUAGUUAUUUUGUGACAUUUGAGGGUAUUGGACCGUUUAGUGGACAUUAGAGGUGUAUGUGUGAUUUGUUUAGUUAUAUUUGUAAAUUUUACAAAAUUGUGUAUAUUUUUGUGUUUGUUGUUUGUUUUGCUUGAGGACAAGCAAAAGUCUAAGUGUGGGGGAUUUGAUGUACUUAUAUUUUACACACUUUUUAGACUUAGUUUGUUGUUAAUUUUAGUUAUUAAAGUUCCACUUUUGUACAUAUUUUUAUUAUUUGUCGUUAGUUUGUAUUAGUGCAGCUCUAUACAGGUAUUUUGUAUUUUCAGGUACUUUUGACACAAUUUGAUAUAUUUGUGUGUGAAAAGAAGAAGAAAAUGAAAGUUCCAGUCAAAAGUAGAAUUUCAAGCAAAUGAGUAAAUUGAAGAAAAGAGGCAAAAAGUGAAAGAAAUAACAUGAAGCAAGGGUUCGAUCCUUGGCCACUUGGGAAAAGAAGAGCAAGCUCAACCAGAGAGCUAAAUGUCAAAGUUGCAAAGGUUUAGCUGAAGCUUAUUUUAAUUCCUUUCAACUGCAGCAAGAAAAGACGGAAAAAAAACGUCAACAGAAGGGUUCGAACACGGGACAUCAGAGUCUCAGGAGCAUUCCGUUUCCACUGCACUGCUACGCGUUAUUGAUACAUGGACGCGUUUUCUUGUACAUUUACUCUUCGGUUCCGUAAAUUCCAGCAAUUAAUGAUUAAUCACCUUAUCAUUAUAUUGCCUUAAUCCAUCUCCUUCCACACAUAAUCUCGAGCCAACUUCUCUCUACACCUCCCAGAAUCAUUUCCUCCUCCUUCUCUCUUCAUUCUUCACUUCCAAAUCAUCAACCCAUCUUCAACCACAACUAAUCACUUUCUCAUUCAAGAUUAAGUCAAGAUUAGCAGCAAGCUCCAAGGAUUAUCAUCUAUCACAAACGUUCAGACCUCUUUAUUUUCCCACCUCAUUGCUGGAAGACUGAUAGACUAGAUGAAGGAGCUGAGGCAUGCAUACGAUGUGAGAAAAGAUCCGACGGCGGCGGCACAACAAAAUAUACACCGCAGCGACGCAGCCACGGCCGAAGGUGCGGCGGAUUUGUAGACCUACAAUCUUCUAUUGGGAAUCUUCUUCUUCUUUGGGGAUUUGCAAUCGAUCCUUCAAAGGAUCUGCGAUCGAUCGAUAUGUGGAUUUGCAUCUCUUUCUUUAUUUUUUCUUUUUGCUUACUCCGUAUUCCGUUGUUUCACUUUUGAUGUGAAAUUGACUUGCUGUAUAUAUAUUCCUAUUGAUUGUUCACAUUUGAUGGGUUCCUAUUUUGUUUCAGUUGAAACUAAAUUAAUUUUAUUUCUUUAAUUAUAUUCCUAUUAUUAUGUACUGUAUAUUUAAAUCUUUAUCUGCUAUGGAGUAUUUUUGUUCUAUGGCGCUAGACAAU